AAGCGGUUUACCCCAUUAUAUCUGAACGGUGACACAUUGGUAUAUGAAUGACAUCGUUGACCCGCUAAUAAAACCUACACCGUCGCAGUGACUCCACCAAAUUGUGCUCCGGGAAGAAACUUGUCAAGCCUCGUUUCGGUUCCAUCGUGCUUCGCGUACACUUCAAAAAGACAUUGAUUGACUAAAGUAUGUCCUGUACAUGCACAUCGGCCGUGAGGAUAUUCUUGAAUUCAGCACACAGAGGACUGUCUUGUUCUCGUAUUCAACUGUAUGCUUUGAGCAGACCUGGUUCUUGUGAAGCUCACCUGCCACCCAGAGUCCGAGUCAGAUCCUUCCAUGAAACGGCAGUGUGUUUCGUUGCCAAAGAUGGAACAACCAAGGAUGGAUCCAGCGACAGUGGAAAGAAGAACCUCAGUGAGGGAAAGAGACUUCCAGGCUCUUCUGGUGGAUCAGGGAAGGGGGGUAACCAGCUGCACUGUCCCAAAUGUGGAGACCCAUGUACACAUGUGGAGACCUUUGUAUUGUCAACACGUUUUGUAAAGUGUGAGAAAUGCCAUCACUUCUUCGUGGUGCUCUCCGAGACUGACUCUAAGAAGGGUCUGAAAACAGAAGCAGAGUCGCCCGUUGAGGCCUUCACACAGAAACCUCCCCCGCCACCCAAAAG